UCCUGCUUCUGGUUGUAAACAGAAAGGAGUUGCAGCUGGCUGUGGUCAUCCACACCUUUACAGUAGCUGUAUGUAUUUACAAUACAAUAUAUGAUAGAAUUUCCGAGACUUGAAAAGAGGGACAGAUGAAGGCGGAACAGAUCUAUAAAUUGGAGUAGCAGAGUUAGGUGGCGGCAGCAUGGCCAGUGGACAGCUGUCUAGAGAAGAGGCGUUGGCGUGUGUGGGGUGCAGACACGCGUGUCACAUAUUGCUCUAUGCAGACACAGAAGCUCAGCUGUUUGAAGAAAUCCCCAUCAGACACAUCAUACUGAUGCAGAUGCGUUUCGAUGGUCUGUUGGGUUUCCCUGGCGGUCUCGUUGACCCGUCAGAAGAAUCCCUAGAGGAGGGCCUGAGCAGGGAACUGUGGGAGGAGCUGGGCUUCUCACUGUCAGUCACCGUGGAGGAUCAUGUGUCUUCCUGCCACAACCCUUCCUCCUCUUCCUCUCACCUCGUUACUCACUUCUAUGCCCGGAGAAUGGAAGAGAAAGAGAUCAGGGAGGUCGAAAAGGCAGCUGCUAGCACAGCAACAGACCAUGGCCAUGAGGUGAUGGGGAUGGUCCGAGUUCCUCUCUACACACUAAAGGGAGGAGGAGGAGGGCUUCCCUCGUUCUUGUCCCACUCCUUUAUUGGGAACUCUCGAUCUCAGCUGGAGGACGCUCUAGUGCGCUUCGGCCUGGUGACGGCCGAGGAGCUACAGACAGCACUCACACACGCAGAGCAGAGGAGAAAACAGCCUUGGGGGGGGGGCAGCCUAAUCACACACACAAUGUAAGAAAUUACAUUAAAUACUACUAUUUCCUGUUAGUAUGUUACACACAGUUCUGUAUUAUCAAAGUGUAUAACUUACUCUAUAUACAGUUGAAGUCGGAAGUUUACAUACACCUUAGCCAAAUACAUUUAAACUCAGUUUUUCACAAUUCCUGACAUUUAAUCCUAGUAAAAAUUCCCUCUCAUAGGUCAGUUAGGAUCACCAUUUUAUUUUAAGAAUGUGAAAUGUCAGAAUAAUAGUAGAGAGAAUUAUUUAUUUCACCUUUUAUUUCUUUCAUCACAUUCCCAAUGGGUCAGAAGUUUACAUACACUCAAUUAGUAUUUGGUAGCAUUGCCUUUAAAUUGUUGAACUUGGGUCAAAUGUUUCAGGCAACCUUCCACAAGCUUCCCACAAUAAGUUGGGUGUAUUUUGACCCAUUCCUCCUGACAGAGCUGGUGUAGCUGGGUCAGGUUUGUUGGCCUCCAACGCACACACUUCUUCAGUUCUACACCACACAUUUUCCAUGGGAUUGAGAUCAGGGCUUUGUGAUGGCCACUCCAAUACCUUGACUUUGUUGUCCUUAAGCCAUUUUUCCACAACUUUGGAAGUAUACUUGGGGUCAUUGUCCAUUUGGAAGACCCAUUUGCGACCAAGCUUUAAUUUCCUGACUGAUGUUUUGAGAUGUUGCUUCAAUAUAUCUACAUACUUUUCCUACCUUAUGAUGCCAUCUAUUUUGUGAAGUGCACCAGUCCCUCCUGCAGCAAAGCACCCCCACAACAUGAUGCUGCAACCCCCCGUGCUUCACAGUUGGGAUGGUGUUCUUUGGCUUGCAAGCGUCCUCCGUUUUCCUCCAAACAUAACGAUGGUCAUUAUGGCCAAACAGUUCAAUUUUUGUUUCAUCAGACCAGAGGACAUUUCUCCAAAAAGUAUGAUCUUUUUUCAGGUUAUGUCGAUAUAGGACUCGUUUUACUGUGGAUAUAGAUACUUUGUACCUGUUUUCUCAAGCAUCUUCACAAGGUCCUUUGCUGUUGUUCUGGGAUUUGAUUUGCACUUUUCGCACCAAAGUAUGUUCAUCUCGCUCAGGAACGUGUCUCCUUCCUGAGCGGUAUGACGGCUGCGUGGUCCCAUGGUGUUUAUACUUGCGUACUAUUGUUUGUACAGAUGAACGUGGUACCUUCAGGCGUUUGGAAAUUGCUCCCAAGAAUGAACCAGACUUGUGCAGGUCUACAAUUUUUUUUCUGAGGUCUUGGCUGAUUUAUUUUUAUUUUCCCGUGAUGUUAAGCAAAGAGGCACUGAAUUUGAAGGUAGGCCUUGAAAUACAUCCACAGGUACACCUCCAAUUGACUCAAAUUAUGUCAAUUAGCCUAUCAGAAGCUUCUAAAUCCAAGCUGUUUAAAGGCACAGUCAACUUAGUGUUUGUAAACUUCUGACCCACUGGAAUUGUGAUACAGUGAAUUAUACGUGAAAUAAUCUGUCUGUAAACAAUUGUUGGAAAAAUUACUUGUGUCAUGCACAAAGUAGAUGUCCUAACCGACUUGCCAAAACUAUAGUUUAACAAGACAUUUGUGGAGUGGUUGAAAAAUGAGUUUUAAUGACUCCAACCUAAGAGUAUGUAAACCUCCGACUUCAAUCUAUAGCCUCCAUGUUAAAUAAUGUAAUGUACACAAUUAGCCACUAGAUGGCGGACAGAACAAGGUAACUCCUUGGCCUGGUUUUCCAAAGGCAUCUUAAGACUAAUAAGUUCAUCGUUAGAACCUUCGUAGGGGCAUUGUUAAAUCUCUAAAGCCCUCAGAACAGCCUCAAAUUGUUGGGGUAUGGAAUCUACAAAGUGUCAAAACUGUUCCAGAGGGAGGCUGGCCCAUGUUGACGCCAAUGCUCCCCACAGUUGUGUCAAGUUGACUGGAUGUCCUUUAGGUGGUGGGACCAUUCUUGAUACACACAGGAAAUUGUUGAGCAUUAAAAAUCCAGCAACAUUGCAGUUCUUGACAUAAACCGGUGCACCUUGCACCUACUACCAUACCCCGUUCAAAGGUACUUAAAUAUUUUGUCUUGCCCAUUCAACCUUUGUAAGGCAAGUGGCUUGCCUUACAACCUGGAAUUAAAAUAGAUUUUUGCGG